CUUCUUCUUCUUCUUCUUCUCCUCCUCGCAGCUGUUUCUGUCAUUGAUUCUCGUCUGUGUUUCUGUCUUCUAGUUUAGUUUUUAAACUCUUUUAUAGUGAAGAUGUCGGAGGAGCUUCGAUCACAGCUGGAGGAGUUUCUGCAGACUUUAAACAUUCAGACGACCUGCGUGGAUCAUCCGCCGGUGUUCACGGUGGAGGAAAUGAUGCCUCACCUGCAGGAAGUGAGCGGCGCCGUCACUAAGAACCUGUUCCUGAAGGACAAGAAGAAGAAAGGCCUGUGGCUGGUGUCGGCUCGCCACGACCGCCAGGUCAACCUCAACGACCUCGCCAAGAAGCUCGGCGUCGGCAGCGGAAACCUGCGUUUUGCGGACGAGGCGGCCAUGUUGGAAAAACUCAAGGUGGGUCAGGGCUGUGCGACGGCUCUGGCGCUGCUCUUCGAUAAGGAUCAGAGUGUGAAGUUUGUCCUGGACCGCGACCUGGUGGAAGGCGGCCACGAGAACGUCUACUUCCACCCGAUGACCAACUCCGCCACCAUGGGGCUCCGACCGGACGACCUGCUGCGCUUCCUCGAGGAGACGGGACACAAGCCCGUCCUGGAGAGCUUCGAGUAGAGCGGGACUGGACGCCAGCAGCCUGCAGAGACGAACAUCUGGACUGUUUUACAUCUGACGUUAACGUCUGUUAAUGGGUGAUCUGAUCACAAAUGGACAGUUUUAAGUAAACGCACCCGUUGACAUCUGAUCGCCCAGACCAUAUCUAGAGGUGGUCUAGGCCGCCUGCUCAGCUGACGUCUUCUGUGUGAGCAGACAGGUGACACAUUAAAGGAAAAACUGGUCCAGGUCUGAAUGCUGGACCCCUACAGUGAGAG